CUUUGAUGACGUAGUUAUGUAACAAACGCAAUUGCGGGAAAGCAAAAGCUAGCAAACAUUCAUUGACGAAACAAUGUGAGAGAAAAACCUUUUUGAUAUAUCGGUACAGAAAAGCUCCGUUGUUCCACUAAUGGAGUACGGGAAGGAAAGAGUUGUGGCGUUGGUGGACAUGGACUGUUUCUACGUGCAAGUAGAGCAAAGGCUGAAUCCUGCCCUGAAGAAAACUCCCUGUGUAGUGGCCCAGUACAAGACCUGGAAAGGGGGCGGGAUCAUAGCUGUGAGCUACGAGGCCAGGGCCCACGGCGUCACAAAGAACAUGUGGGUGGACGACGCCAAGAAGCUGUGCCCAGAUCUCCAGGUGGCACGAGUGCGCGAAUCUCACGGCAAGGCGGACCUGAGCCCUUACAGGGAGGCCAGCGUGGAGGUAAUCCAAGUGAUGUCUCGCUUUGCGGUGGUCGAGCGGGCCAGCAUUGACGAGGCUUACAUGGACUUGACCGCAGCUGUUCAGCAGCGACUGAAGGACAUGGCGGACAAACAAAUACAGCCUCACCUGCUGAGAACCACCUGCAUCCAAGGUUACCCUCACAAUUCAUCUGAAGGAGAGGAAGAAGCUGCUGAGGAUCCCAUUCUGGACAAAGAGAAGAUGAGGUCCACAGGUGUCCAGCAGUGGCUGGCGUCCAUGCCGAUGGACAAUUCUGCCGCGCUUCAGCUCACCGUGGGGGCCCUCAUUGUGGAGGAAAUGAGGGCGGCCGUGGAGCAGCACACAAGCUUCCAGUGUUCAGCUGGGAUCUCACACAACAAAGUGCUGGCUAAACUGGCGUGCGGUUUGAACAAACCAAAUCGACAGACCGUUUUGCCGCUGGACUCUGUGACUGAACUUUUCAACACGCUGCCCAUUAGCAAGAUACGCAACCUGGGAGGAAAACUGGGGGUCUCGGUCACUGAAGCGCUUCAUGUGGAGCACAUGGGGGAGCUGACUCGCUUCUCUCAGGCUCAACUGGGGCACCACUUUGGAGAGAAGACCGGUCAGUGGCUGUAUGAUUUGUGUCGGGGCAUUGACUUGGAAGCAGUGAAACCCAGGCAGUUGCCAAAAUCAAUUGGCUGCAGUAAGAACUUCCCUGGGAAAACAUCACUGGCUACAAAAGAGCAGGUCAAGUACUGGCUUCAUCAGCUGGCUUUGGAGCUGGAGGAGAGGCUGACCAAGGACAGAGAAGUGAACGGUCGAGUGGCAAAGCAGUUAACGGUCGGCGUCCGACAACUGGGUGACAAGCGGCCGAGCAGUUUCUCCCGCUGUUGCGCUCUCGUGCGCUACGACGCCUCCAAGUUGUCGGCCGACAGCUUCGCCAUUAUCAAGAGCCUCAACGUGACGGGAAACCAGCAGGUGGCGUGGACUCCACCGCUCACGUUGCUGCACCUCUCUGCCAGCAAAUUCUUUGACGCCCCUUCAGCCUCAGCGGGGGGCAUCGCAGGCUUCCUGAGCGCAGACGUGCCUUCCACUCAAAGCUUUCUCUCCGCCAGUCACGCCGCACUCAAAACGCCCGCCACCAUUCAGUCCUUCUUUCACAGGCAGCAAACACAAUCCCAGUCGACUCCAUCGUGUUCCGUCUCUUCUCCGAGUCCUCCUAAAGGUGCUUUGGUAGACCCUCGUGCAAGCAUCGUCUCGUUCUUCCACAAGAAAAACGCAGAAACAGGUUUGAAUCCAAGCCACGAUGAUGAAAAGCGAGCUGAUGGUUUACCCACCUCGCUGCCCACCUCCAGUGUGGACAACGCGGAAGACAAGCUCAAGUGUCACCGCUGCGGCCAGAACGUGCCGGCCUGGGAGAUGCCCGAACACAACCUGAGCGCAGAUGUGCCUUCUACUCAAAGCUUUCUCUCCGCCAGCCACGCCGCACGCAAAACGCCCGCCACCAUUCAGUCCUUCUUUCACAGGCAGCAAACACAAUCCCAGUCGACUCCAUCAUGUUCCGUCUCUUCUCCGAGUCCUUCCAAAGGCGCUUUGGUAGACCCUCGCGCAAGCAUCGCCUCGUUCUUCCACAAGAAAAACGCAGAAACAGGUUUGAAUCCAAGCCACGAUGAUGAAAAGCGCGCUGAUGGUUUACCCACCUCGCUGCCCACCUCCAGUGUGGACAACGCGGAAGACGUGCUCAAGUGUCACCGCUGCGGCCAGAACGUGCCGGCCUGGGAGAUGCCCGAACACAACGACCAUCAUUUUGCCUUGGACCUGCACAAAUCCUUUUCCCCUUCUUAUUCGUCCUCCUUCGUCAGAAGGGAACCUCCUGCAGGACCAGCGCUAUCCUCUCAGGUCAAAACUAAAAGCAGAGUGUCAGGAGGACCCCAUCCCAAAAGACAUCGCACGCAAGGAGGAGGAGGAAGUGCGCGUACUCUGGAUUCUUUUUUCCAAAGAUAUUAAUCUUUGCAUGUCAUUAAUCUUUGCAUGUGCCUUCUUAAAUUUCAUGAAUACAGUAAUGCCUUGAGAGUUUUUGGAGUUUCGAGCCGUUCCUUUAUUGAUUAUUAUGACUUAUUUUUUUGUAUUUAUUUUUAUUUUUUUUAACUUGCUGUUGCAAGCCAGAAUUUAAGUUACGGGAGAACUUCAGAUACGCCACUCGAAAUGGAGCAAUUCAAGUACUGUUGUUAUGGCCUCACAUGUGGGCAAGGACAGCCACAGUCACCGAUGCGCUUUCAGCCGUUUAUCGGAAGGAAAAAACAGUCAAUUACAGAAAUACUAAAUGAGAACAAUUGCCAGUUCUGGUCAGCCCAGCUCCUGACGUCAGUCACUAGGCCACGCCCCUUGAAAGCACACUUUCAACAUGAAUACUACACUAUGUACAGUCAUUAGUUUCUAAAAGAACAUUUAACAUUCUCUCUUUUUUUUUUAUACAAUACAGUAAGUACUAUUUUUCUUUAUUGGCUGUAAUGGAUUAAUGCCAUUUCUGUUAAUUUUAAUUGAUGUGAUGAUAAUGCUUGUAGAUUUAAUCAAGUUUUGUCACGGAAUAAAUUAAACUCAAGUUAAGGUACUCUGUAAUAACUAUAAUUGAAGAUUCUUAAAGUGCUCAUAGGUGUGAAUGGUUGUUUAUUUGUGGCCUGUCAUUGGCUGGCGAGCAGCUCACCUAUUCAAAGUCAGCUGCGAUAGGCUCCAGCUCACUCGCAACUCUAAUGAGGACUGGGUUACAGAAAAUGGAUGUAUUAUGAAUAACUUAAUUGUUUGUCAAUGUGAUUUGUUCUUAAAGAAUAAAAAGCAAUAUUGGACCCCAA